AUGAGCAGCGAGUCCGGUAAGCGGCGGCACGAUGAACAACAAGUCGAGACGAACGAGACGACGAAACGAAGCAAGAGCAACACGUUGAAAGUAUGCGUCUAUUGGGCGCCAUUGAACGAGAGGUGGAACGUGGAGGUGGAUCACAAGGACUUGGUGACGGACUUGAGAGAACAAGUGUCGGACAGUCUCCAAACCCCGACCAAGUACGUCCGCCCAAUGUUGAGGGGUGGCGAGUUGUAUCGGAACCUCGCCCGCAAGGUGCAAGAGAGUCUGACCAACAAUACGCUGCAAUGCUCCUUUGCGAAGAUUGAAGAUAACGUUCCGAAGGAGAGCAAACCUAAACACAUCCAUUUCUUUCUGCAGCCGAAAGACCAUAAUAAUAACGUCCCGCCACCGCCGCCUCCUCAAUACAACCAGGGGGAUCGGAAUCCAAUUCACGAUCUGGGCGCAUACGUUGAGAGCAUUCGCAGAGCACCAUCCCCGUCAACCGGAGCGGUCCCAGCGGCCUUCCAAGAUAUCCAGCUUCAGUCUCCCGAAUACAACGGCCGUGGAUCCUCGAUGUUAGGCGCACCAAACAUGAUUCUGUGCGAACCAUUCGCUCGGUACGCCGCCAGGCUUCGUCAGACUCCAGAUCCCGAGAAGUACCCGGACGGCUUUGCUGCAUGCGUCCAGCAGCUCAUGCAGAAAGCUUCAAUUAUCGAUGCCGGCCGUGAUAAAGAAGACGACCGGAGGAAGAGACUCGAACCUGAAAUGCAAGAGAUUCUUAAGUGCGAACUGGAGAACAUCCAGUAUCACCACAGCAAGAGUGGAGGCAAUGGGCACUCGCGCGUGACCCUCUUCAAGUUCGGUCACAUCUCCGCGGAUAUCCUAGUCGUUGAAUAUAAGUCGGAAGUCGGAGCAGGGCCAGCCGAACCUUCCUUCCAGGUCCAGCUGACUGCGAGGAAGGGAUGGGGCCAGGAGACCAACACCCGGCUUCGCGAAGCAUCGAACUGCCCCGUUCUCCUCAUCACGCUGAUCGGCCCGUUCCUUCAAGUCAGCGGGGUGGUAUUCCAACCUGCGGCCAUCGUCAAUCAGUUUACAGACAAUCUCUCGCUGACGGUAGACGCUGAUGAUCUUCAGCGCCUUGACCGGCUCUGUCACGUCCUAUGGUGCACUCGACAAUGCAUCGAGGACCUCCAGAGAUAUUACUCUGAGUUGGAACCUCCUGCGGAGAACACGACAGCGAGAUGA